AUGGCCUCUUCACGUCGACCAGCACUCAAUCUGGCCCCGUCUGUGAAUACUACAGUUGUUACGACGACUACGACGACCACGACCACCUAUGCACCUAUCUAUAUUCCGCCGCUUCCCUCACCGCCACCUGUCACCGAUGUUCACCAGUAUCCACUGCAUAACUUCAAGUUACCGCCCACGCUUAGACAGUUUCCGCUGGUAUUCCCCAACGGUGCCCUGGCCACCUUCCGCGACGAUGAUGGCGAUGACACGCUUGCCGAAGAGCAGCUGGUCGGAGGCACGGGCUGGCGAAUGUUGAGACAGAACGAGCACGGGGGCUCUGUCCAACCGAUAGGGCUUGGUGAGGCCGUUGAGCGAUACACGCGCAAGCGGGCGUACUCGAACGACGGCAUGAUCGAGGAGGACGAGAGCUCGCAAGAUGUGGCCAUGCACACUCCGCCGCCGAGGAAGAAGGCGAAAGCUGCGCCACCGCCCGUGAUCAAUACUUCGAACGGUGCCGCGCCUCCCUCGCCGCUGCCCUCGCCUCGAGGCUCUCCCUCGCCCACGAGCAUCUGGCCCUCUGCCCCGCCCAGUGGCGCUUCCUCGCCCCAGCCGAACCUUCCUAUCCAGCCCGAUCUCGGUCUAACGACGCUUAUGUCCCUUCCGACGCUCGUCACUCACUUCUCAGCCUUGCCACCUUCGCUUCAAUCUCAUGUCCUCAUAUCUCUAAUGCGCCACACGACUCUCCCUGUCUUGCGGACGCUUAACUCCGUCCUAGAGCCUACACUGGCCCGCGACUUCCUCACGUUAUUACCUCCCGAGCUAGUCUCGCACAUCCUGAGCUAUCUGCCAUUCGAAACAAUCCUUUGCGCGUCUCGUGUAUCCAAGUCGUGGCGCGGCAUAAUAGACUCGGACGGCAUCCUUUGGAAGGAUUUGCUGAGGCAUCAGAAGCUGUGGUUCGGCGGCGGCUCAGAGAUCGCAUUCGUCACGGCGCUCAUGCGUCGGCGCAAGCGACAGGGCUUGCCCGUUCCGGAAAGCCUGCCGCUUGCCAAUCCAUACAAGAUCCUAUUCAAGUCACGUUUCCUCACGCGCGACCGGUGGAUCAGCAAUCCCGACCCCUCCCAUUUCGCCUUUACCGCUCACGGGCGCUCGGUGGUCACUUGCCUCCUCCUUUCGAGGGGGCGGAUCAUCUCGGCUUCGGAUGACCACUCGAUUCACAUGUAUUCGCCCACGGAUGGCACCCUCAUCCGUUCGUUGCUGGGCCAUGAAGGCGGUGUGUGGGCGCUCGCAUCAAUGAAGGACACGCUUGUCAGCGGCUCAACCGAUCGCACCGUCCGCAUCUGGGAUAUGGCCACCGGUCGGUGCACGCACAUCUUUGGUGGCCACACCAGCACCGUCCGCUGUCUCGCGAUUGUCAAGCCCGAAAUGGUCGACAUGGAAGACGAGAACGGAGUCAUUCGCCAGGAAAAGUGGCCGAAACGCCCACUCAUCGUCACGGGCAGCCGCGACCAUUCUCUGCGCGUGUGGACCCUCCCACGACCGGGCGAGAAGGAGUACAAAUCCUACGGAAGCGAGGACGCAGAUACGGACCCUGCUGAUGAGGACGUCGAGGAGAACCCAUAUCAUCGUGUUCAUCUCGAGGGGCAUGAGCACGCUGUGCGCGCCUUGGCUGCACGGGGCCGUACGCUCGUCUCCGGAAGUUACGACUCGACGGUCCGCGUUUGGGAUAUCAUCGACGGCACAUGCAAAUUCGUACUCACUGGGCACACACAGAAGGUGUAUAGUGUCGUCCUCGACAUGCAACGGAACCAGUGCUGUUCGGGCUCCAUGGACGGAACAGUGCGCAUAUGGAGCUUGCAAACUGGCGAGAACACGCACGUUCUCUCCGGGCAUACCUCGCUUGUUGGUCUGCUCGGUUUGUCCCCCACUCACCUUGUAUCCGCCGCUGCCGACUCGACGCUUCGCAUCUGGGACCCAGACUCGGGUGAUAUGCGCCAAAUGCUCGCCGCGCACACGGGCGCCAUUACUUGCUUCCAACACGAUCAUUUUAAGGUGCUUUCGGGCUCCGACGGUACCCUCAAGAUGUGGAACAUCCAGGAUGGGACUGUUAUCCGGGACAUGCUGACGAACAUCGUUGGCGUCUGGCAAGUCGUAUUCGAGGGCAGAUGGUGUGUUGCUGCCAGCAAUCGACCUGAGGCUACUGUACUUGACGUUUGGGACAUGGGCUCCGGCGUUCAAGACGAUGACUGGAUCGGGGAACCGGCGAGCGGCAUCUACGAUGAGGACGAAACGGAUGACGAGGAUGAAGACAUGGAACUCAUCGGGGCUGACGAAGCCAUGGACCAGGAUCUUGAGUCUGAGUCUUUCCCUUCGGAGGAUAUGCGUGAGGAUGGAGAUGAUGAUGUCGCGGAGGACGAUGACGAGGACCGCGCCACGACCUACUCUCCGCCAGCCUGGACGCCCGGCUCGCGAGGAUCCCCAGCCGCGCCAUCACUCGCCGCUGCGGGCCCCUCUCGCCGCCGAGCCGAUGUGUCCAUACCGAGUCACAGUAGAGUGCGUGCAUCUGGCGCUCGUCACGGCGGUCCUGCCGCUGCCAUGGAGGAUUCGCCACCGCGUACUCGUUCCCGUACCGCUGUUCCCCGUAGACGGUAG